AUGAGCUGUGGAAAGGAUUUUGUGGAAACUCUUAAAAAAAUUGGAUAUCCAAAGGCUGAUGAGCUUAAUGGAGAAGAUUUUGACUGGAUGUUUGAGUCUUCAGAAGACAAAUCAUUUUUGGAAUGGUUUUGUGGAAACAUAAAUGGGCAGCACGUGGUACCUGAAGAAGAACUGCAAGAUUUUGAUAAUCUCCUCCAGCAUGGUAAGGCUGUUUUGGAAGGAAAUGCACUGGAUGAUGUCCUUAAAACCUUGGAGCCCACAGGUUCAACAAGCAGUAGCCAAGAGGAAGAUGAGGAAGAAGUGAAGAAAUUGGAGGAUGAACUUCAGACUCUUCAGAAGUUAAAAAACCUUCAAAUUUAUCGGCAUAAUAAGCUCCAGCUGUUGGUUGCUACAAACAGCCACUUGUUACAAACGUUCCAGAGCAGAGAGGAAGAAGCACGGAAGGAAAGGAAGGAAGGACUGGAAGUGUUUACUGCAGCAAAUAAUAAGAUUGACAAUGAACUGCAGUCUCUUAUAGCUGCAGUGAAGGAAUUUGCCUCUUUCUUCACUGCUUCAGAUUCACAACAAGGGUCAGAUGCACAUCCACUGUUUUUUUCACAAAUUUCUUUGGACAGAUAUUUGUCUGUGGAAGAACAAAACACUGCAGCACUUACAUCACACUUAAAAAAGCUUUUUUAUGAAGGUAUGCCUAAAUGUGCUGAAAAGUCACAUGAAGACAUCUUUCAGCUUGAAGAUUUAAUCAAGCAAGUCCCUUUUGAUGAGGCUAAUGAAAUGUGUGAAGAGAGGCAAGAGAUAGCCAGGCUCCAGGCAUCGUAUAUCUGUGGUCAGAACCAGCUAAUUCAGCUGCAGGCUGAAGAGGAAGGCAUCAAUUCAGCUAUCAAGUGUGCAGAGAGCCUGCUGCACUCCUUGGACAAGGAUAUUGGACAACAGGAAAACUUUGAUGCUAAAAUAUCUAGUUUAAGUGCUGAAAUUUCAGCAAUUAAAGAAGAUAUAGCUCAAAUAAAUAAUGAAGAGCUGCUUCCCCUUCUUAAGAAGAAAGCACAACUUUUGACUGCACCAGUGGUGAAAGAAUACUUGGAUCACCAAAUUGCUCGGCAGGACUGUUAUGCUGCAAUUCAAGAUAAAAUAGGCAGGCAUUUGAUAAGACAGAAAACAUCAUUUGAACUUAUUCAGCUGGCUUGUGAACUGGAGAUGAAGAAACACCAGGAGUUCAGCUGCCAGCUGGAGAAUUUGGUAGAAUCUCUGAAACAAAGCACUGAUGAGUUAGAGCAGAGACUACAGGCGAUAGCUGAGCAAAGUGAGCAGGCAAAGCCAAGGAGCACUAUUGGCCCAGAGGAUGGUCUAGCUUGCAGGCUGUAUCAGCUCCUGGAAGGAGGAAGUAAAAAACAACAAUUGUUUAAGACAUACAAGAGCCUGGAGCAGAUGGCUCAGAAGUUAAAGCAGGACUGUGCCUCAGUGGAAGAUGAGCUGGCAGCAUCUGCUCAGGAGCAGUGUCUCCUCUUGUCCAGCCUAGAGGGGCAGGUGGAUGCCCUUCGUGGUGCUCUCUAUUGUGGAACAAAUCGGAUCCAGCUCCGCAGUCCAGAACUUACUGAGCAGUUUCACCAACUGGAAGUGGAUUUAGAUGAACUAAAUAAUCUCCUUAAGGAUCUGGUUGCUGAUCUGAAGUCGAAGAGAAGCUUUUUAGAGUCCAAUAGGCUGCUUCAGAUGGAAAGAGACUUGUAUGUGCAUUUUUUCCAAGGUGAAGGGCAGUUGAAAGAGAUGGUGGAGAGGCUUGAGCAGCAGUCCCAGGCUAAAGCCAGUGGUCUGGAAGAUGAGAAUUUUACAACCAGUGCAGUUCUUAAUGUCUAAACAGCAAUGUACUCUUAAGAAAGGAAAAUGUUAAUGUAAACUGUGUGAGUUUAUGGAAUAAUAAGCAUUAGCUUGUCAAGGCUGACACUUACCUGUCACUGCAGUGACUCUUACUGCCACUGUUACCAGCUGAGAUUGUGCUGCUCUAUGGCUUCUUCUGCCCCCUGAAUUCAAUCCCUGUUUUGUCAGAACUCUUGGAUAUGAAGUAAUUGUUGGUUAUUUGAAAGAAGUGUGUUCAGGCUGCUCUUCUGCUGGCCUGUGUGUUCAUUUCUUCUGCACACAGCAUAGCUUCAAUAGGAACGUGAACCCUUGAGUCUUUCUGCAUGCUAAGAACUUUUUGAACUGCAAAAUGAAUGUGGAGAAGGCAUUCCAGAUUUUGGAACAAGGAUGUAAUGUGCUCACACUGAAGAGGAGAAUUCUCAAAGGCAGCAGAUAUUCCAUGAUUGUUU